AUGAAGCACGCCGGGCCCCGAAGUUGCAAGUGGUUUUGGAGGCGCCCGCUGCGUCAUGUCACAAAUCCCAAGCGCCUCCGGCAACGCCCCGGCGGCCGCUGCGAGAAAGUGUUGUUGAGCGCGACGUUGCUUUUUAUUCUCACUUGUGGCGGGCGUUGUCGAAUGCGGCGCCACUUAGCAGCCAUAGGUGCCUACUGCGCCUCCUGGCGGCGCAAUGCGGGUCUGUUGUGGAGGAGUUCUCUUGCGCUAGGCCCGGCCCGCUGCAGUGUUCUCACCGCCAGAACCGGUAUCCGUCUACUCUGUUGGCCUCCCAUGUCCGUUCGCAAAGUCCAUGCGAGUUGCCUUCUGCUUGGUAUUCUGAACGCGCUGAGGCCGAGAGGGAUUCUCAAUUUUGGCGUUGCCGCCGAACCGGAGCGCCUCGUAUGGCCCCCGUAUCGUGCAGGCGCGCCGCGCCGGGCGGGCGGCAAUAUCUACUGCGGAGAACCCCCAGCCGCCGUAUCCAGCAGCCAGUAG